AUGCACAACUCCAUUGCGUGGAAGACGAAUACUCUCAGCGAUGCGUCUUUAAUUGACGUUCAGGAUGUCUCUUCUUACAACAUUUUGAUUGAGGGACAACAACAAAUUUCGAACUCCUACUCCAGAUUGCAGCGGGAAUUCUGGAACGUGACCAACGAUGUCUUACACGCCCGAAUCCUCAAAUCCCUCAGUGUGGAAAUACGGAAGGUCAUGCCACCGCAGCGGACCAAGAAUGCCGCAGCCUUAUGGGCGUCCGUGGUAACUGGUUUUGGCAUCACUAGAGCCCAAGAACGCUACUGA